AUGAAUGGAGCCGUAGAACCUGCCAACAAGAACAUCAAAAAGAUCUUGAGGAAAAUGAUUGACAAUCACAGAGGUUGGCAUGAGAUGUUGCCAUAUGCUUUGUUAAGUUACCAUACGACUGUCAGAACAUCAAUUGGAGCAACACUAUACUUGCUAGUGUAUGGGACGAAAGAUGUAAUUCCCGCUGAAGUGGAAGUACCUUCAUUAAGAAUCAUUGAAGAAGCUGAAUUGAGUAACGCCGAUUGGGUUCUUAAUAGAAUUAAACAUUUGGCUUUGAUUGAUGAAAAGAGAAUGACCACUGUUUUCCAUGGUCAAUUGUACCAAAAAAGAAUGAUUCGCGCUUUUAACAAGCAAGUGAGACCAAGAAUGUUUGAAGUUGGUCAGUUGGUUCUCGAACACAUUUUUCCAUAUCAAGAUGAGUAUAAAGGAAAGUUUGCACCAAAUUGGCAAGGGCCAUACAUGGUUCAAAAAAUGUUAUUUGGAGGUGCUUUAAUUGUCCAAAAUGGAUGGCUAACAGUGGUCGAAACCAAUCAACUCAGAUACUAUCAAGUGAUACUAUGUUUGAAGGUUUAG